GGGUGGAGAAGCUUCCGGACUCCUCGGGGUUAAAAGGGAAGGUCCGGCCAGGGGUCCCUGGACAGAGGAUACCAGCGGCGGACCACAGGCAGGGCAGAGGCACGCCUGGGUUCCCUCCCUCCUUCCUAUCGGCGACUCCCAGCAGAUCUUGGCCAUGAGACCCCCGCUCCUCCACCUCUCCGCCGCCUCUGGCGCCAGGACACUGGCGAAGCUGCUGCCGCUGCUGGUGACGCAAUUCUGGGCCGCGGAGGCGGUGCUGCUCCCCCAAAACGACACGCGCUUGGACCCCGAAGCCUACGGCACCCCAUGCGCUCGCGGCUCGCAGCCGUGGCAGGUCUCGCUCUUCAACGGCCUCUCGUUCCACUGCGCGGGCGUCCUGGUGGACCAGAGUUGGGUGCUCACGGCCGCGCACUGCGGGAACAAGCCACUGUGGGCUCGAGUUGGGGAUGACCACCUGCUGCUUCUUCAGGGCGAGCAGCUCCGCCGGACCACUCGCUCUGUCGUCCAUCCCAAGUACCGCCAGGACUCGGGCCCCAUCCUGCCAAGGCGAUCGGAUGAGCACGACCUCAUGUUGCUGAAGCUGGCCAGGCCCGUAGUACCAGGACCCCGAGUCCGGGCCCUGCAGCUUCCCUACGGCUGUGCCCAGCCAGGAGACCAGUGCCAGGUCGCUGGUUGGGCCACCACGGCCACCCGGAGAGUGAAGUACAACAAGGGCUUGAGCUGCUCCAGAGUCACUAUCCUGAGCCCUAGAGAGUGUGAGGUCUUCUACCCUGGUGUGGUCACCAAUAACAUGAUAUGUGCAGGACUGGACCAGGGCCAGGACCCUUGCCAGAGUGACUCGGGAGGCCCCCUGGUCUGUGACGAGACCCUCCAAGGCAUCCUCUCUUGGGGUGUUUACCCCUGCGGCUCUGCCCAGCAUCCAGCUGUCUACACCCAGAUCUGCAAAUACACGCCUUGGAUCAAUAAAGUCAUACGCUCCAACUGAUCCAGAUGCCCAAACUCCAUCGUCCAUCCUCUUCCUCCCCAGUCGGCUGAACUCACCCCUGCCUGCACUGCUCAAACCUCUGCCGCUGUCCAUACCUCUUAACAUCUCUCCUCUCGCUUGAUUCCCCCCGCCCACCCCUGUUCACUGCCUGCACUGAAGCUGAAGUGCAGAAAAAGGUGGCAAAGGUUCAUUCCAGAGAAGCAAGGAAGCUGGUCAUGGCCCAGUCUCUGAGAGCAGUUAUUGGGGUCACCCAACCUGCCUUCCUCUGCCUUUCCCUGCUGUGUGACCUUGGGCAAGUCAAGUGCCCUCUCUGAGCCUCGGUUCCUCAUCUGCAAAAUGGGAACAAUGAUGUGCCUACCUCUUAGACAUGUUGUGAGGAGACUCUGAUAUAACACGUGUAUGUAAAUCUUCACAGUGAUUAUCAUGUGAGGCUUAACACAGUGGGUGGUGAGCUCUGACUAAAGGUUACCUGUUGUCAUGA